AUGCCGCACAUCGAUCGACGGCAUCACGCCAACACGAUAAAUUACUCUUUACGCUCAUUCCAAACAAUCGUCGACGAAAGCGAUGCACGCUCAGUCCCGACUCGACGGUACCGCGAGACACUCAAAGUGGCGUCCCAAUCCGCGCUCGAUCAGAAUGAGUCGCGCGCCAGGAGCGUGUGCGUCUCCCGGGCCGCGCGCGCGGACCACCGCCAGACCAGAAGCGCCGGGCCCAUCCGCCGGGCCGCCUCCCUCGAUCCCCGCAUCCCGCGCCGCGAUUCCGUGACCAUUCCCGUCAAAACGGUCAACCGGCGGCCUAUCGAAAAACUUCCGUACGCGGUUUCCGUCCAGACGCUGACCAUACCGACUUGCGCGGAUCCCCCUCGCGACUCGACCUCCAAACGCCGCCGCGCCGAUAAUGCGAUUAAGGCUUCUAAUUUUACGCAGGUCGGGGCCAGGCGGGCGUGCGGCGGGCGCGGGACGGCGAACAGGCUGCUGCUGCAGAUCAGCGAAGCCGACCAAGUGACCGACUUUGAAAGGAUUCUCGACUCUAAUGCGAUACUGUCGCGAGCGCGCGGGCACGUGUGGCGCGCGAGCGGCCCGCCGCCUCUAACAGCGGGGCGCCCCCGCUCCUCCUACAGCCUGCAGGCCGUGAGCCAGGCGUACCACUACCUGUUCCGACGGCACGAGGAAGCGCUGCAGCCUCUCGUCGACCGAUACCGCCGCGCCGCCGCCGACGACGGCCGACCGAGUCCCGACGACGGCCGCUUCGAGGACCUGCAGAACCUCUCCGAGUUCUACGAGGACGACCGCGAGCUGCACGAGGAGAUCGAGUCCAUCACCGACCGCAUCGUUCUCGAGGAGGCGAGCGCCGCCGACGACGAUCGCGCCGCGAGGAGCAACUUCAGCGUGAACCUAGCCGGUCUCAUCGAGGUCCGCUCGGUGUCCCCCAUUCCCGAGGGUACCUCCCCGGUCGAGAGGGCCGAGGCCGGGGAAUGGCCGGAGUCGAGCAUGAGCGGGCGAGCGGGUGAGGUCGACCCCGGAGUCGAGCGGUUGGCCGAGGCGCUGAGCGCCGUCGAGAUCGACUACGAUGAGAGCGUCCCGCGGAUAACCUUCAGCGACUGCUGCGACGACGCGCGGGGCGCCGCCCGCCCGCCCCCCGCGCCCCGCGAUGACGCCGACGAGGCGCGCCCGCCUGUGAUGUAA